AUGUCGACACUGUACGGCAGCGGCGGUGGUGGCCAUGGUGGCCCACGCCAGGGUAGUGGCGACUCGAUCUCGUACGACGCUAAGCCUGUGCUGCCUACGUCGCACACGAACCGUUCUCCUCGCAACAAGAACAAGGCAGCGGCGUGGUGGAGCGGCCUCACCCGCCCGGCCAAGAUUGCCUACUGUGCGCUGCUGGCCGUCAUUCUGCUCGCGCUCAUCCUCGGCCUUGCGCUCGGCUUGACGCUUGGGAAAGCGAAAGAAGAUCCGAACCCGGCAUCCGACUACGUGCCCUCUUCGAUCUCUGGGAACCGCACGUCGCUGCUGCAGUCCGGCUCCUGGUACACGGCGCCGUCGAACGGGACCAACUUCGCCUGGGCUUCGGCGAGCACGCAGCUGGGCAACUUCAGGGCGGACAGUCAGGGCGUCGACAUCAUCAUCAACACGACGCAGAAAUUCCAGGCGAUCGACGGGUACGGUGGGGCGAUGACCGAUAGUUCUGCAUCGCUGCUCGGCCGGCUCAAGGCGAGGGAGGUGGCGCUGUACAACCGUGUGAUGGACUUUGUCUUCAACAACGCUACGGGCAUCGGUGUUACGCGCGUCUCGAUGGGUGCGAGCGACUUCUCGGUCGACAACGAGUACAGUUACGUCGCCCGUCCGCCCGUGUUCGCGCAGGCCGCGGAGCAGCUCAACGACCCCUCGGCGCUCCUGGGCGAUUUCAACAUCGCGGGCACCCAGAGCGCGCUCUACACCAUCCCCGUGCUGGUCGAUGCGAUGCGGCGCAACCCGAAGCUCAAGGUGAUCCUGACACCCUGGAGCCCGCCAGCGUUUAUGAAGUCGAACAACACCAUGAACGGCGGCACGCUGCGGACUGGAUUUGUCGGCGUGCUAGCGCAGUACUAUGCGCAGACCGCACAGGCGUGGGCGCAGGCGGGCGUCAAGCCGUGGGCCAUGACGCUGCAGAACGAGCCGUCGAACCUGGCUGCGUAUCCGUCGAUGGGCAUGGAUUCGGAGACGCAGGUGCAGCUCGCUGUCGCGUUGAAGCGGGAGCUGGCGCAGCGCGGGCUCGGAGACGUGCAAGUGUGGGCGCAUGACGACAACUACAGCGGCUGGGAGAACGCGGCUGAGAUCGUCAACGGCAAUGCGUCCGCCGUGGAUGCGGUCGCGUUCCACUGUUACCGCGGCAGCCCGUCGCAGAUCGCCCAGUUCGAAGCUGCGCUUCAGAGCGGUGUGCGCAAGAACAUCCACAUGUCUGAGUGCACGGGUACUGGCAACCCCGCCAACCGCUGGUCUGGCAUCCAAGGCUGGUUGACCAAUGUCUACUGGCCCCUGCUCGUCCAGAACGCGCGCAGCGUCGUCCAGUGGAACUUGGCCCUAGACAACGGCUAUGGCCCGCGCCUGAAAACGUCCUACUGCGCCUCGUGCACCGGAUCCCUCACCCUCUCCUCCCCACACCACCCAGCCAAUCCCUAUGUCUCCUUCAACGACCAGCUCUACCUCACCUCGCACUUCUCCGCCGCCUCCACGGACUUGUCCAAUGUGGGAGGUGGCCAAGCCGUGCGUGUCGCCGCAGAGCAGGGUACGCUGUACUCACUGAACCGCGACGACUGGCAGUGCUUGAACUGGAUCGCGUAUGCUGCGCCGCUGAACGGCGCACAGUUGCAACAGGCGAGUACUGCGAACGGCGCGCCGGCCGAGAGGAGGGUCGGGUUAGUCGUGGCGAAUACGUGCAAGGGUACCAAGAACGUUGUGGUUUCCAGCGAUGGCAGGAGGUCGACCUUGCCUGUGCAGCAGGGAUUGACGAGCUUUGUUUGGACUGCGCCUUAG